ACUAGCCUGCCCCAGAACCUCACUGACUACUACACAUCACUGGUCUACCUACAGGACAGCAACUUCAACCCUCUGUUUCUUCCUCUGUUGUUUCGAUGUGUGGCCCCAGGGCCAGCCUUCAGACAGCUGGACGCUGAGCAGAGCAUGAUCCUUCUACACAACCUGACUACACUGUGUAGAGACCUGGACCCACAGGUGUCUGCAGCUCUAGCAGCUAACAUGGGAGACAACAUAAACAGCAACACCAUCGCUGCCCUCGGCAGAGAGAGUACAGGUCUAUCUGAGGGUCAGAUCACCAUGGCACCCGCCAGCGUUCUGUGGGCUUCCUUCAGCAUUCUGAGCACUGUGAUUGGCUGGAACCAGGGCCAGGCCAUGGCCAUCAUCCAAUCACUGAUGCUGUCAGGAGCCGUGAAGAUCAACAGCGCAUCCACCUUGACAGCGCUGGGUUCCCUGGUGACCGGUGUUCCCUCGGCAACCUUAGGCAGCAUCAGCGGCACGGAACUCCUCUACGCGUCCCAGGAUCCCACAUUCAUAACAUACAUGCAGACCGCCCCGACGAUCUUAAUCCAGACUUUCGUCACUCAGUUGAUCACAGUGAACCCUAACCCAGACAGUAUUCUCCAGAACGUCCCAGACAGCAUGUCUACUGAGAUCCCCAGGUCCCUGCUGCAGGGCUUCUCUCAGAGCAGUGUGGUGGUGGAGAAACUGAACCAGAAGACAUGGAGACACGAACAGGCUGUGUUGUUCUUUGACACAGUGGCUCUAGGAAUUGACAACUCCGACAAUAUGUCAUCCAGCGUGCUCCAGGGCUUCACCUGCACCAGAGUGGCCAGUAUGACCACAACCAAGAUCAAGAAACUGGUCAAGGCCUGUAGGAGGAAGGGCAAGAACAGGGUCGCACUGAGAGAGACUCAGUUGACCUGCAUGUACAACUACAUCAAGGAAGAGUCAAAUGUCACCAGCUACAACCUGUACCCUCCUGACAUGCUGCUUUACUACGACUACAGUAAGGUUCCUCGGGACACCUGUAAGGACUACUUUAGUGAGCUGGGAGACGCAGACUUCUCCGUGUUCUCCGACGCGCUCAGCUUCAAACGCACAGCCCUGGUUAACAAUGUCAAGACCUGCCUGGGUAUCAGUGGCACGGUUCUGAGCAGUGACAACCUGCAGGUCCUAGGUAACAUGGUGUGUGUUCUGGACGGUUCCUACAUCCAGAACUCUGACCAGCUCAUCCUGCAGAAACUACAAAACUGUAAUGACCUCACCGACGAACAGGUGGCUGCCAUAGAAACGCUGUUGACGUCUGGGAAAACACAGUACGGACUCCCAGCUACCUGGAACAGAGAGACCCUGGACAACCUGGGCGUUCUACCUCUCUACCUGACAUCCUCCUUCUACAAGAACUUCUCUAAGAAUGUAAAGGGCCAGUUCCUACAGUCAUUCCUGAAGGUGCUGAGGAAGAAUGGAACGUCCAGAGAGAAGAAGAGGAGGAUGAAGACGGCUAUCAGACAGUCCAUCAUCGACCAAUCACAGUCCAAACGCUCCAUAGUCAGUGAAUGCACAGUGGGAAAUAUCACUCAGGUCACGAUCAGUGAGAAUACGUUCCCCUUCAACUAUGAGACCGUGACCAAGUUCAACUGCUGCCUGACGGCCAAGACAGUCGUUGACAACCUGGACGCCAUCACCGCCAAGGUGGACGACCUGGAAUACCUUGAAGUGGUCCUGGCGAGACUCAGAGAGGCCUACUCCGCAAACUCCACCAUCCCAGAAGCGAAGGUGCAGGUUCUUGGGCCGGCUUCGCGCGUUGCCACUAACGCUGACAUCACCAUGUGGAACAUCACCAAAAUCGACACACUGUCAGCUCUGAUGGACUCCUCCAAUGGAAACUGGGAUGCUGUUAUGGCGCAGGCCAUCAUCAGUAAGUACCUGAGUAACUCAGGAAAUACUCUGGGCAGUGCCGAGCUCAACUCCAUCGGAGGACCCAACCUGUGUUCACUAGACAUCAGCCUCCUGAAGACCAUUACACAGAGUAGCCUGAGUAAGGCCAAUGCCCUGACGGUGACCAACUGCAACAUAAUGAAGAAGAGAACGCUGUUCGUCAUCGCUGAAGGGGCCUUCCAGAGCCGUAGUACUGUCUCUGCUACCUCCUACCAGCUAACACAGCCAUACAUAGGUGGUGCUGACUCAGCCUACGUCCAGCGUCUGUCCACCUCUAACAUCAGUAUGGACAUGGACACUUUCAUCAGCCUGGACCCUACUGUUAUACAGACUCUGGGUGUGAGCCAGGUCAAAGGUCUGCUGGGUUCUAACCUGCCAGAGCUGAAGAGCUAUGAGAACCAGAGCGCGGUCCGGACCUGGAUCAGCACCCGUUUCCAGGCAGACCUGGACUAUCUGGGGCUGGGUCUGAAGGGAGGCCAGGCUGACCCCAUCACGGUUGGCGUGGGAACCAUCAUACUUCCUACCAGUGCAGGGGUAACUGGAGGAGCUGGGCCAGUCAACACCGUGGCUGGAGGAGCUGCUGCUACUACUACAGCGAGCGGCGGAGCGAUCAACAGACCAACGUUCGGCCUACACCUUCUCCUCACCACUCUGUCCGUCGCUGUCCUGUACAUUCUACACUGAUUUAAACACUGAUUUCAGAGAUUUUAUAUUUCAGAGUGAGAGAGUUAACUGACUCCAUAGCAUCAAGUUGCAUUUGGCUCAGACAGGAAACAAAAAUGUAUACAUUUAGAGUCAGGUAGUGCCUUAGAUAUUGUAAAUAUCACUGAAUACAAGGAUAUACUAUCAAAAGACUAUAAAACAAUCUAGCACUUUAGUCACAUCAAUGUUUCUGCUCUGACAAGUUCUGCAUUUUAUUUAAGUGUAUUCACUUUGUAUGUUGUUCUGUCUUGGUGGUUGGAAUGUUGUCUGUUCUGUCUUGGUGGUUGGAAUGUUGUCUGUUCUGUCUUGGUGGUUGGAAUGUUGUCUGUUCUGUCUUGGUGGUUGGAAUGAAGUCUGUUCUGUCUUGGUGGUUGGAAUGAAGUCUGUUCUGUCUUGGUGGUUGGAAUGAAGUCUGUUCUGUCUUGGUGGUUGGAAUGAAGUCUGUUCUGUCUUGGUGGUUGGAAUGAAGUCUGUUCUGUCUUGGUGGUUGGAAUGAAGUCUGUUCUGUCUUGGUGGUUGGAAUGAAGUCUGUUCUGUCUUGGUGGUUGGAAUGAAGUCUGUUCUGUCUUGGUGGUUGGAAUGAAGUCUGUUCUGUCUUGGUGGUUGGAAUGAAGUCUGUUCUGUCUUGGUGGUUGGAAUGAAGUCUGUUCUGUCUUGGUGGUUGGAAUGAAGUCUGUUCUGUCUUGGUGGUUGGAAUGAAGUCUGUUCUGUCUUGGUGGUUGGAAUGAAGUCUGUUCUGUCUUGGUGGUUGGAAUGAAGUCUGUUCUGUCUUGGUGGUUGGAAUGAAGUCUGUUCUGUCUUGGUGGUUGGAAUGAAGUCUGUUCUGUCUUGGUGGUUGGAAUGAAGUCUGUUCUGUCUUGGUGGUUGGAAUGUACUAUUUUCUGUCUUGGUGGCUGGAACGUUGUUUAAAGAAUCAUUUGUAGGGCUCUAUUCAGUCUGUGUAGCCGAAAGGUCAUUUCCUAUUGAGCCAAGAUCUGCAGCAUUUACCAUGAAUGCAGUCUACGCUACGGGAACAUGGUCUUUCAAUUUUAAAUGAUGCUGGAACGCUGGACUUCCACGAUGUGGAUUGAAUAGAGCCCUUUGUCUUUGCCUUCGGGUGAAAAUAUGAAGGUAUUUCAUUACAUGACAAAGAAGUCUUGUGUUGGUGAUGUCGUCUUUCUGGGACAGCCAUUUUGUUUUUCUCAGGGUUAGUAUCUCCAACACUUAUCCACCGAGCCCAAACCCAAUGUCAUGACAACCAAUUCCUCUAGUGCAGAAUGAUGAUGUCAUUAGAAUGUCACUGUGCUUGUGUUCAGGUCAACUCAAACUGUUGUCUGUCUUCUCAAUGCUGUCAUUUUUAUGAUACUAAAUAGCAGAUGUUGAAUGUAUGAUUUAAUUAAUAAAAAUGUAUAUUAUUACACAA